AUUGAAAAUCACAUCCAUCAACUUUUCUUCUUUUUCUCUAUCAAUUUUCAUCUUAUUCUUUUCAAAAACCAUGACUAGAAAGAAGGUGAAGCUUGCUUUCAUUGAGAAUGAUACUGCAAGGAAAACAACUUACAAUAAAAGGAAGAAGGGUUUAUUGAAGAAGGUCGAUGAAAUAUCAACCCUUUGCGGUAUAGAUGCUUGUGCGAUUAUUUAUGGCCCAUACGAUCCUCAACCUGAGAUCUGGCCAUCGUCGUCAGGAGUUGAAAAGGUGCUUACGAAAUUCAAGGCAGCGCCUGAAUUUGAUCAAAGCAGAAGGAUGGUGGAUCAAGAGAGUUUUCUGAAACAAAGAAUUGGGAAGGCUGAAAAGCACCUUAAAAGGCAAUGGGCAGAAAACAAAGAGAAAGAGACAACCAUGCUGAUGUUUCAGUGUCUCAAUGCUCGGAACGUCGUGCAGAGCGACAUGUCGAAGGGUGAUUUGAAUGAUCUUUCUUGCAUGAUUGAUCAUAAUUUGAGGAAGAUUGGUAGAAGGAUUGAUUCGGGUGAUAGUGAAAAUGUUACUCACCAAAAUCAAAGUGAAAGUCAAGUCCUGGCUGCUCAAAGCCAAGUCCAACUCCCCAUGGCACCGCCACUGCCACCACCACCACCGCCACUCCCAACCGCACCUGAGAAUGAUGAAAUUGAAAUGAUGAGUAGGUUGGGAUGGCUAUGAGUAAUAAUGAUAUCAUUCAGAAGCAGUUGUUUUUGGACUUGAUGAUGCAAAUCCUUUGAGGUGGAUAUCACGACUUUAGUCCAAAUUUUUAAUGAUAUGAUGAUUUAUAAUUUUGGAUUUUUUUUUGCAUGUGAAGAUACAAUCAUUGUUCAUCAUAGAGUAAUUUUCACUUGUUUUAUGCAUUGGUGUUUGAUUGAGUAAAGAGACUAUUGCGUGUGUUUUCAAUACUUUUGCAGUAUCUUUAGCCUUGACUUUUAUUAACA